AUGAACACAAAAUUUAAUUUCCGUUUUAAAGAGGAGCCAAGACAACAUAAACAACAAAUAAAACACCCCGAAAGAGGUAAUGAUGAUAAUGACUUGCAGGCAGGACAAUAUAAGUUAUUUUUAGCUCAAAAUCCCCGCAUUAUUGAACAUCCCAAGGAUAUGGUUGUACCAAAAAAUGAUCCAUUUACAUUUAAUUGUAAAGCUGAGGGUACACCCACACCAUCGAUACAAUGGUUUAAAGAUGGCCAUGAACUGAAAAUGGACUCGGGUUCGCAUCGCAUUGUUAUGCCAGCUGGUGAUUUAUUUUUUCUAAAGGUCAUACAUUCGAGACGUGAAAGUGAUGCUGGUACAUAUUGGUGUCAGGCUAAAAAUGAAUUUGGUGUGGCGAGAUCACGUAAUGCUACGCUACAGGUUGCAUUCUUACGCGACGAAUUCCGUUUGGAGCCACAAAACACGCGUGUUGCUCAGGGUGAAGUUGCUCUCAUGGAAUGUGGACCACCACGCGGAUCGCCGGAACCACAAGUUACCUGGCGUAAAAAUGGUCAGACACUCAAUCUAAAUGGCAAUAAACGUAUUCGGAUUGUUGAUGGUGGCAACUUGGCCAUACAAGAUGUACGUCAGUCGGAUGAUGGACGUUAUCAGUGUGUUGUGAAAAAUGUUGUCGGCACCCGAGAAUCAAGUACAGCUUUUCUUAAAGUACACACUCGACCAUUUUUAAUACGCGGUCCCCAAAAUCAAACAUCUGUUGUGGGUACAUCGGUUAUAUUCCAAUGCCGCAUUGGUGGUGAUCCAUUGCCGGAUGUCCUGUGGCGUCGCACAGCCUCGGGUGGUAACAUGCCUCUACGUCGUGUCACUGUCUUGGAAGAUCGCAGCUUGAAAUUGGACGACAUUACCCUGGAAGAUAUGGGUGAAUAUACCUGCGAAGCAGAUAAUGCUGUGGGUUCUAUUACUGCCACUGGUACCCUGAUUGUGCAUGCUCCUCCCAAAUUCACCAUUCGUCCCAAAAAUCAAUUGGUCGAAGUGGGUGAUGAAGUUCUGUUUGAGUGCCAGGCCACGGGUUAUCCCAAACCCACUGUGUAUUGGUCAAUUGAGGGUAAUAGCUCGCUACUCUUCCCUGGCUACAAAGAUUCUCGUUUAGAGGUUACAGUGACACCCGAAGGCCGCUCCGUGUUGUCGAUUUUCCGUUUUGCCCGUGAAGAUAGUGGUAAGGUGGUGGUGUGUAAUGCACUUAAUGCCGUUGGCAGUGUUAGCAGCCGUACUGUGGUGACUGUGGAUACCCAAUUCGAUCUUCCACCACCAGUUAUUGAACAAGGUCCAGUGAAUCAAACCUUGCCAGUUAAGUCAAUUGUUACCCUACCCUGUCGUACCUUGGGUUCACCCAUACCUCAAGUGCAAUGGUAUUUGAACGGCAUACCGAUUGAUGUUAUGGAUCAUGAGCGUCGUAAUAUGUCCGAUUCGGGAUCGCUGACUAUUGUCGACUUGGUGAAAAGUGAAGAUGAAGGCCUUUACACCUGUGUGGCCAGUAAUCGUAAUGGCAAAUCUUCAUGGAGUGGUUAUUUGCGUUUAGAUUCACCCACAAAUCCAAAUAUUAAAUUCUUUAGAGCGCCUGAGUUGUCGGCCCAUCCCGGACCACCAGGUAAACCUCAAGUGGUUGAUAAGACAGAAGAUUCAAUUAGUUUGUCAUGGACACGUAGCAAUAAGGUGGGUGCCUCCAGCCUUGUCGGUUAUGUUGUGGAAAUGUUUGCCAAAAAUGAAACGGAUGGUUGGACACAAGUGGCCAGUCGUGUACAGAAUACAACUUAUACACAAGUGGGUUUGUUGCCGGGCAUUAAUUAUUUCUUUUUGAUAAGAGCAGAGAAUUCACAUGGCCUGUCAUUGCCCUCACCCAUGUCCGAGGCAAUUGUGGUGGGAACGAAAUACUUCAAUAGCGGUUUGGAUUUGAGUGAAGCUCGUGCCAGUCUAUUAUCCGGUGAUGUUAUAGAACUUAUCAAUGCCAGUGUUGUGGAUUCGACCAGUAUGAAAUUAUCUUGGCAGAUCAUCAAUGGCAAAUAUGUUGAAGGUUUCUAUAUUUACGCACGUCAACUUUUGGAUACAUCGGUUGGUUCAUCCACAAAUACAAAUCCAUUAGUAGCUGCCGCACGUAGCAGCAGCAGCAAUUCGCGUUCCUCAACAUCAGCAGCCUCUUCAUCGGCAUUGAUUUCAGCAUCAAAACCAAAUAUUGCCAGACGUGAUGGUACAGCUUAUGUGGUAGCCUCGACCACCCCAUCCACAGUUAUACAAUCGGCAGCAGCCUAUGUUGGCAGUACAACAUAUCGUAUGUUGACCAUAUUGAAUGGCGGUGGUGCGUCAUCGUGUACCAUGACCGGUCUAUUGCAAUAUACGUUAUAUGAAUUUUUCAUUGUACCCUUUUAUAAGUCUGUCGAGGGUAAACCAUCAAAUUCACGUGUCGCUCGAACUUUGGAAGAUGUACCCAAUGAAGCACCAUUUGGCAUGGAAGCCAUAUUGUUGAAUUCAUCGGCUGUGUUCUUGAAAUGGAAGCAACCAAAUCUUAAGGCUCAACAUGGCGUAUUGUUGUACUAUCACAUUGUUGUGCGUGGCAUUGAUACGGCCCAUAAUUUCUCACGUAUCCUAACAAAUGUCACAAUUGAUGCUGCCUCACCCACUUUGGUAUUGGCCAAUUUAACCGAAGGUGUCAUGUAUACGGUUAGUGUGGCAGCUGGUAAUAAUGCUGGCAUUGGUCCCUAUUGUUCACCGGCCACAUUGAGAUUGGAUCCCAUUACCAAGAGAUUAGAUCCAUUCAUAAAUCAACGCUAUCCCAUAAAUCAAGAUCAUGUCGAUGAUGUAUUAACUCAACCAUGGUUUAUUAUAUUAUUGGGUGCCAUAUUGGCCAUAAUGAUGUUAUCCUUUGGUGCCAUGGUCUUUGUCAAGCGUAAACACAUGAUGAUGAAACAAUCUGCCUUAAAUACCAUACGAGGUACCCAUCCCAAUGAUGUUUUAAAAAUGCCAAGUUUAUCACGUAAUGGCAAUGGUUAUUGGUUGGAUGCUUCCACGGGUGGCAUGGUAUGGCGCACCCAGCCAAGUGGUGAUACACUCGAUAUGCAAAAGGAUCAAAUUGAUGACUAUGCACCGGUAUGUCUGACCAACAAUACGGCCAAUGGAGCAAAUAAUACCAAUGAACGUGUUGGUGGUGGUGGCACUGGCAGUGGACAGCAACGCUAUGUAGGUGAGUAUUCCAAUAUACCCACUGAUUAUGCUGAGGUAACAAGUUUUGGCAAAACAGGCAGUGAAUAUAGUGUGGGACGUAAAAAUGCCUCAUCGCCAGCCCCCUAUGCCACAUCGUCCAUAGUCCAACAGCAGCAGCAGCAACAACAACAACCCAGAUAUCAUACCCGGCCAGGAGGUUUCAAUGUGCAACAACAACAACAGCAACAAAUGGCCAACAAUCAACAACAAAGGCCCAUGCAUCCCCACUACCAACAGCAGCAACAACAACAGCAGGUCGGUAACAAUAUCUACCAACAAAUGUCCACAACCAGUGAAAUCUACCCCACACAAAUGGCCAGCAAUCGUUCCGCCUAUUCCGAUCAAUAUUAUUAUCCCAAAGAAAAGAUACACAUUACCGAAAAUAAGCUAAGCAAUUGUCAUACCUAUGACACGGCCAACAACCAGCAGCAGCAACAACAACAACACCAACCACAACAAUCUACAGUGGCUUUCUCGAACAUGGGUACCCUAAGACGUAGUGGCAAUCAACAACAUAGCCAGAGAUUCAAGGUCAUUAACACUGCACCCCAAAACUAUCAGCUACAUAUGGCCGAUAAUGGACAACACCAAAAGCAGCAACAACAACAAAUGAAAAUGAACUCCCUUAACAACAAUCAAAAUUGCAUUGGCAACCCUUCGGACUACAAUACCCAAGAUAUGAUAACGAAAAAUCUCAUGGAUUUAGAUGCUGGAUCCUUCUGUUACAAUGGCAUGGCUGAUUCUGGUUGUGGUGGUUCACCCUCACCCAUGGCCAUGUUAAUGUCUCACGAUGAUGAAAAUCCGGAGGAACAGGCCCUGUAUCACACCGCCGAUGGGGAUAAUGAAAGUGAUAUGGAACGUUUGUAUGUUAAGGUAGAUGAUACACCACAACAACAACAGCAGCCACAAAAACAACAACUUAUUUCGUUGACACCAAGUCAUCAUCCUGCCUCACAAGAACACCGAGAUGUUGCCAAUCAUGGCGCCUACAACAAUUGGCGUUCUCACAAUUCCUCAACACGUUCAAAUGCUUCGCAAUAUCGCAAUGGUGGUGGUGCGCCAAUUAGUGAUUCUGAAAUGAUUUAUGCUCCCAGCAGUAGUAUGGCCAGUGAACGUAGUCUAUUAAGCAAUUCGGGUAGUUCAACAUGUGGUGGUGCGGCGGCGGCAGCUGGCAAUGGUAGUGGUCAAGCACACAAUGUGUGACCUUUGGAAAGACAACAACAUAAAGAUCAAAUAACUAACAUUAAUCGAACAACA